AUUUUAAUAUUGGUAUAAACACAGCUUUUGAAGCGAAGAGUCAUCGCAAAAUGCGGCUCAAACACGGCCUUUUAUAAUUCAACGUCUCUUUCAUUUCGAUUCCUUAUUUCAUUUUUCACCGAACAAACGAACCCUAACAAAAUUUCGCGCGGGCUCUGCACCAGACUUAUCUCCUUCCGCUCAACUUGGAUGUCCGCCUGAAGCCGCCUCUUCUCCCCUCUCAUGGCCUCCUUACGACGCCUUCUUCCUCCUCUCCACUCCUCGCUUCACAGGACGAGCUUUUCAUCUUCCGGAUUUCGGGAAGGACUUCGAAGUCAAAUUCGAGGCUACAAUGCCGGACCUUCAUCAUCUGAGCACACUCUAUCGAAGUUUGAGGAGGGAAUAAAGCAAGCUGAGAGAGAUAAUUCGACCACUGAAGAUGAAAUAGAGAACAUUCGGCGCCAAUUUGAUGCUGCAAGGCAGAGUUUUAGCAAAAUUCCGGAGGCAUUAAAGGGAAUGCCAAAGAUGAAUCCUGAAGGCAUAUAUGUAAAUAAAAACCUGAGAUUGGAUAAUAUACAAGUUUAUGGAUUCGAUUAUGACUACACCCUGGCACAUUACGCCUCUAACUUGCAGAGUUUGAUAUAUGAUCUGGCAAAGGAGCAUAUGGUGAAUGAGUUUAGAUAUCCCGAGGUUUGCAUGAGAUUUAAGUAUGAUCCAUCUUUUCCCAUUAGGGGAUUAUACUAUGACAAGCAGAGAGGAUGUCUCUUGAAGUUGGAUUUUUUUGGAUCAAUUGAGCCAGAUGGAUGCUACUAUGGCCGACGCAAGCUUAGCAGGGAGGAAAUAGAACAGAUGUAUGGCACCAGACAUAUUGGUCGUGAUCAAGCGCGUGGACUUGUGGGCUUGAUGGAUUUCUUCUGCUUUAGUGAGGCAUGCCUUAUUGCUGAUGUUGUGCAAUUUUUUGUUGAUGCCAACCUGGAAUUUGAUACCCGCUACAUCUAUCAAGAUGUCAAUCAUGCAAUUCAGCAUGUUCAUCGAAGUGGCUUUGCUCAUAGAGCAAUUCUUUCUGAUCCUCAUAGAUAUCUAGUUAAAAAUGGCCAGCUUUUGCGCUUUCUUAGGAUGCUGCGGGAGAAAGGGAAGAAGCUUUUCUUGUUAACUAACUCUCCAUAUUAUUUUGUGGAUGGAGGGAUGCAUUUUAUGUUGGAGGAUUCCACUGGUUACAAAGGCUCAUGGAGGGAACUCUUUGAUGUCGUGAUUGCUAAAGCCAAAAAGCCAGAGUUCUACACUUCUGAGCAUCCCUUCCGCUGCUACGACACAGAGAAAGACACUUUAGCUUAUGCAAAGGUGGAUGAGUUUCUUCCAAAUAAAAUCUAUUACCAUGGAUGUCUUAAAUCUUUUCUUGAAAUUACUAAGUGGCGUGGCCCAGAGGUGAUAUACUUUGGUGAUCACCUUUUUAGUGACCUAAGAGGUCCUUCAAAGGCUGGUUGGCGGACUGCUGCAAUCAUCCAUGAGCUAGAAAGUGAAAUAUGCAUACAAAAUGGGGAUAGCUAUCGAUUUGAACAGGCAAAAUUUCAUAUAAUACAGGAACUGCUAGGUAAAUUACAUGCAACAGUGGACAAUAGUAAGAAUAGUGAAGCAUACAAGUUACUUUUUGCUGAGUUAAAUGACGAGAGAAAAAAGGCACGCUGCAUGAUGAAGAAGAUGUUCAAUAAAUCCUUUGGAGCCACCUUCCUCACUGACACAGGCCAGGAAUCUGCUUUUGCCUAUCACAUUCAUCAAUAUGCAGAUGUGUACACCAGUAAGCCAGAGAACUUUUUGUUCCAUCCACCUGAAGCAUGGCUUCAUGUGCCUUUUGAUAUCAAGAUUGUGCCUCAUCAUGUGAAGGUUCCGUCAAGCUUGUGUAAAAAUUAGUAGAUGGAAAUUUCAGGGCUAUAGAGGAUAAAUGUUAUCUCAAAUUCCAGCAUAUUCGUUUGUCACUAAAUGUGGCAAGGGAAUAAUCUUUCAUCGUCACACUAAAUGUGGCUAGGGAUAAUCCUUCAUUCUAGCAAAGCAUCAACAUGGAGUGCUUCAUAAUUAGCCAGGUACCGUCAGACAUAUAAUUCGAAAAUUCUUUGUAACAUUCCAUCCACAUUCUUUCCAUUUCAUUAAAGCCUGAAAAACAGUCACUCAUUUAAGGGAAUAAGAAUUUGGAAAUUUCAGCAUAGAUUGAUUGUACGAUGUAGCCUAAUUAUGAUUAUGUGAUUACCAACAGCCUUUGUUUAGAAACUUAAUAAAUUUUUGGCAAAGGG